UUGCCUUACCUUUUUAGCCAAACCCAAAUUCUCUUCGUAGUUCGUUCCAAAGAAGAAAAGCCACCCUUUCUUCCUUUCUUCCCCCGACCACACUCUUCUGGUCCUGCUAGCUUCGCUUUCAUCCAUUUUUCCCCAAACCACCCUCUUCUGGCCACCCCGCCUUCCUCACCGUCGCCCUGCAUUUCCCUUCCUCAUAUGCCCUUUCGACGCACUCACAAGCUUCUUUUGAACUCCCUUUCCCCUAAUGUUCAACCCAGCCACACAAACCCUAAUUUCCCAGUUUUAGGUGCUCCACCACCUCCGCCUCGCACCAUUGGCAACCGUCGCGACUUCGCCUCGGUUCUUAGCUCAUACGGAGAGAUGUGCUUCUGGCCAGGCAGGUGCGUUCGUUCGCAUCAGAGCCCCUCCUCCGGCUGCCUUGUCCUCUUCCAUUCUCGGCCCUUUUUUAUCAGUGGGCUCCCGAGAUUCAGUUUUUACUCCUCCUCUUUCUGAAUGGACGGUCUGAUCUCGAUUUCACUCACACAUUUGGGAUCGACAUUUCCGCUUUGGGUGAAAUGAGGGAGCAAGAAGCUUUGGCAGAUCUCAUGAAGAAGACUGAUUUAGUGAACAAGUAACUGAAGCCACUAGGGCAAUCAGUCCCGAAGAAGGAGAAAGAGUGCAUGGAUGCUCUUCAGGCUUUUAAUGAUAAGAACAAGGAGAAAGUGCAGCUGGUUACCAAGCUAAUCGGAUGGAGUCCAUGGCACAUAUUUUUUUGGUAGAAGAAGGAUGAUUUUGAACAGUUAACUCUAGAUAGAUUGACAGUCUUUAUGUUGACUUUAGAACCAUAGAAUUAAUAAUUAGUUAGCUUAUAGAAGUAAUAAUUAGUUAGCUUAUUGAGGAGAUGUAGAUUGUAACAGUAUAGAAUUAUUGACUACAAGAUUUGAUGAC